AUGCCUACUGUAUUUCUGAGAGUUGAAGCGAUGGGGCAUAUACAUAAGAUUCUGACAAUAUUUCUCCUCCUAGCUGUCACUGAACGUGGAAACGGAAACCCAUCACCGAGCACUAACUGGAUAAAUAAUUGGAUAAGAGACAACAACUGCGAGUCAAAGAAGAUUGAAAUUCGAGAUGGAUUUGCAAAGUAUUUCGAAAAAAGCGUGAUAUGUGAACCAGGAGUUACUAGUUUCACUUAUGUGGAGGAAUGUCCAGAAUUAUGUUGGGAUCCAGUCAAAGCAGAAAAGCUCGACUGGCGGUAUAAGGUCUUACCGAUUAGAUCUGAAAUUAAAAUCGACGGACAUGAAAUAGAAGUAAUCAAGUCAUGCACGUGUUCAGGCGUCCUAAAUAAACUGGGCUCCGCAGCCAAUAAAAUGAAUAAUGUCGUAACGUGUUCUUCAAAUAUGCUUGAUGAUGUGAAAAGUAAUCACACCGGAAGCAUCAAAAUCAUACCAAAGAGGUAUGUAAAAAGCCUCCAUAAGCCUGACAACACUGUGUUCCUUUUGCAUGUCAAGGAUGUACCCAAGUUGCCAACAUUCUCUUUUACAGAGGCUGGUGCAUUCCCGGCAGAGGAAAUAACCAAAAUCAUGACUAAGCAUAAUGACGAUGUUAAUAAAUUAGAGAAUACCUAUACUGUAAAAUUGGGACAGAAGAAGAUCAAAAAUAAGAUUUUGCUUGAAUCUAGUGGUGGAAGUCCUGGCCAGUGUAUUGUUGACAAAGCUAAGGAGAAUAAAGUUGACUUGAUCAUUAUGGGCAGCAGAGGUCUCGGCACAGUCCGCAGGACGAUCCUUGGUUCUGUGAGCGACUAUGUUGUUCACCAUACUAAGAUCCCAAUUCUCAUUUGUCCUAAGUAGAGGAGAGUGUAUCAAUAUAAACAAUUAUGGCUAAAAAGCCUGGUUUCAAUUUUGAUAAUUAUUCAUUGUUUCACUCUUGUCUAGACUCUAUUAGAGGGUAGAUCCUUUUGCUAAGAUAUUUUGCAUAAUUCUUAGAUCAUUUCACAUCUAACAAAAUACAGUAGCCUACAUGUGAUAGUUUCAACUGACGCUCAUCGAUGUAGGUGUUGCUGUGCUUUAUGGACCAUGGUGCUUACAAAUAAUAACCCAAUAUGUCUGGUAUCAAUAAAAUAUUCAAAGUCAGAUUUCAAUACUGAAAAUUUUUCAUCACAUUUUGCAGCCAAAUAUUGAAUUUUAUUCUACAUGCAAUCACAUACUUUAUCAUUAUAUUGCUUUUUGAAUAUAUCAUGCAGCAGUCAGCAUCACUUCCCAGUAAUCUGGGUAGCAUGCAUCUUCUCAUUUUUCACUGCUUUUUAGUCAUUAAAAUUACGAAGAAAAUGGUGUUGGAGUUUUGUAAUUAAGACUUAACCUCAGCAUUAAGUUCCACAACAUGUUAUAUCAUAAUCAUGACAGCAGUUUAAAGAUUUUGUUUUUGUUACAUCUAUAUGGAAUAUAAUCUAGUAUUGACCAAUUGCAAUCCACAAAUAAGUUGUGGAAUUGUGUCACUAUUUAAUUUUAAGUUGAAAUUAUGUGUUAGUGUUUAGUAUUGUGAUAUUGUGUUAUUCUUCAACCAUGAGCAUAUUGUGAAUUGUUUGCAAAUUUAUAUUGAUUGUAAUAAUAAUUGUAAUUGCUUCAUUAA